AGGGUCCCUGAGGAGCAGCCAUGACGCGCUGGGCCCGCCAGCAUGCAGCCCGCAGCCGGGGGGUUCUGGAGGCGACACCCUGGGAGAAGAUGGUGGACGGGGCCCCCGAGGGCAGCGCAAAGGCUGGGCCAGGCCGUGGCUCCCGCCCGCUUCACCUCCAGAGAGAUGCAGGGGGGAAGAAGAAAAAUAGAAAGAAGAAAGACUACGUGAAUGAGGACGUCAAUGGGUUCCUGGAGCACGUGAGGCAGAGCGUGCAGGGCGGGCUGGUUUUGGCAGCCCACGACCCCGAGGUGAGGGCAGAAGUAGCUUUGGCCUUAAAGAAAGACCAGCGCCGGGAGGAGAGGCGGUUGAAGAGACAAGAGAAGAAGAAACAUGGCAUGGUAUGUUUCCACUGUAGAAAGCCUGGCCAUGGCAUUGCUGAUUGCCCAGCAGCACUUGAAAAUCAGGAUAUGGGUACUGGAAUCUGUUAUCGGUGUGGAUCUACAGAGCAUGAAAUCAGCAAGUGUAAAGCAAAAAUAGACCCAGCUGUUGGGGAAUUUCCAUUUGCAAAAUGUUUUAUUUGUGGUGAGAUGGGACAUCUGUCAAGAUCGUGUCCAGAUAACCCUAAAGGACUGUAUGCUGAAGGAGGCUGCUGCAGGCUUUGUGGAUCAGUGGAGCACUUUAAAAAAGACUGUCCAGAAAACCAGAACUCAGAUCAGGUAACAGUUGGCCGAUGGUCCCGAGGGAUGAGUGCAGACCAUGAAGACAUUCUAGAAAGCCCUAAACCACAAAAAGCAAAAGUAAAAGUGCCUAAAGUUGUUAACUUCUGAUACCUGCUCUGAUGGAAUUAAACCUCUUCUGAGUGGGGACUGCUUACCAUUACUGCUCCUCGUUGGCUCCACUAAGUUGGCCAAAUUGCAACUGCUAAAAUGACUCCCGUGUAACUAAGGUUUUUUUGUCACGGUUUCCUACAGUCCUGUCUGCUCUCUUAAUAUAGAUGUCCCCAAUCUCUUGUUGGUUCAUGGGCAACAAUACUGGGUCAGUCAUGCUGCAGGCAUCUUACUUUUCUCUCCCUGUCAAACCUAGUUUUUAAAUCUUCAAUUUCCUGUGAGAUUCCUAAACAAAACAAACUUGGGGAGAAACAGCAA